ACUCUGUUUCCACUAUGGCACACUUCUCUGAGUAAAGAAAAGAGGAAGGUCCAAGUGACAUCACAAGGAAACACCUUAAAAGCCAGCUUCUAAUUCAAUGACAGGAGUGGAUUAUUUUCAGUGCUUGGCAAAAGAAGAAAAAGACAGCAACCGAAAUGAAUCGAUUCCUUCAGCUUCAGAUCCUUCAGCUUGUGUUGCUGGUACAGUGUCAGGUGUUUGCUGCAUUGAUCAAGCCAGGUGGAUGCCCACGCGCACAAAAAGUACUAAACAUGUACUGCUCGGAUAAAAGGAGGACUUUGGAUCGCUUAACUGCAGACAUUGCAAACGGCAUAGAAACGUCCCAUGAUGAAAGCAUUCUUCUUCCCCAUGGAAUAUUUGACAGAGUCAGAGGGACAAGAUGGCACGGUUGUAUUUUGAAGGAAAUAAUUUUGUUUUACACAGGGGUAUUGAAAAACUACAAAGGCCACAAAACAUUCACUGACACAGUUCAAGAAGACGUAAUGCACACCAUUUAUUCACUGCAGCAAUGUUUUGAAGUGGAGAAGAUCCCCUGUGAAAAUCUAAAGAAGAUGCCAGUAAAUGAGACUCGCUGUGUGAACACAUUGACGCCACGUGAAGUGACAAAACUUCAGAUUCAGAAGCUUCAGCGUGCUAGACAUCAGAAGAAUGAUGUGAAGAUCCAAGAAAAGGCCAUUGUCGAACUUCAGGGGCUUUCUUGUUACUUCAGUGACAGGUCACACAUGGAAUUUUGCUUCACUUAAUUGUGAACAAACUUUGGCAAAAUGUGAGAACAAAAUGACAGUGAAAAAUCUCAACCUGUCACCAAGUAGGAAUGUGUAUUGAAGCUCUUUAAUGGAACACAUAAGAUAUACUUUUAAUAUAUAUACUUAUUAAAAUAAUAUCUAUUAAAACUUAUGAAAAAUACUCCAUGGAUAAUACUUAAUAAUACCUGGAGUAAUGAGAGUUGGACAAAUAUUUGAUCGGAUUCUGAGAUUUGUAUUGUGGUUGCAAACAGAUUUCGAGUGCCAGAGCUGACAGUGACCGGCCCAAAGGCUUUCUCUGUAAGAAAUCCCGUAAUCUGCAGUAAAGACUUGUGUUUUUUCUGCUUUGCAUCUCUUGCCUUUGGAACAUGUGUUUGCAAAGGCUUACAGAAGUAUUUGAGCAAAUGUGAAUUCUGCAUUUUUGGAGUUCACGGUGAUAUUUCUGUUCCUUUUUAGUAGAAUAUGAUUCGGUGUUUGUAACAUUAAGCUGUGUGUAUCAAUUUAACUUAUUAUGCUAUGUCUUAACUAGUUUAUCUGUCCUUGUCUAGAAAAAUAUAGUAAGUAGAUUUUAACAUUCAACUGUAAUAAAAAAACAUUAAUCCUCUUGAAAAGUGAGACAAAAGACAGUAUUACUGUACAUUGCUUGUAAAACGAGAAACAAGUUUGUACUGGUUACAUUAUUUUGUAUUUUCUAAUAUGCUCUUUAAUAAUGUUCGGCAUGAACUAAGCAGUAAGAGUCACAAUGUGAUUAUAUUGCAAAACUAAUUGUAAAGUAGCUUUACUUCAAAAUAGCCAAAUGAAAAAAAUAAUUUUGAUGCUAUAUCUUACAAAGAAGCACGCUUGUAAUUGCUUGUAGUAGCUAAUGUACAGUACUUUCAAUGAAAGUUAGGCUCUCAAUUUUUUCUAUGUAAUCCGUUUUCCAAUGUAACGAAUCAAACGCAAAACAUUUUUAAUGCAAAGUUUGAAUUGCAAGCUAUUUAUUUUGAGAAACUCUCAAAGGAAUGUUAACUUUAUCAGCCACGCUUGAAAUUUUGUUACAAUGCAAGUGAAGAUUAAAGCUAACUAAAAUCAAAGAAGAUAAUGUGUGUUGUUUUCUGUAGUGGGCACAAUUCAGCCCUUUUCUACGCAUCAGUUCUUUUUAAUUUAAUGGACUGUCAAACGUCAUGAAUUACAUGAACAGCUAUAUCCAUUGAGUACUGGAAAUGGUACAUUUUUCAUUAAAAAUUUCAGUCAAAGAAUGUAGCUUCAAUACAACCCACUAAAGGUCAUUAAAGGUACAUGCCAAUUUAGGUUCAGCAGCCUAAGACAAACUCCUAAUAUUUCAGUGGUUGAGGCAUCUGAGAGGUAGAUCUGGCCUUGGCCUACCUGAGGAGGACGAGGCUACUGGAACCUCUGCCCACGAAGACUGGAUGAAAUGAGUCAGACGGCCGCUCAGUAGCUGGGGAGACUGGGGGACGACGUCUGUGAAGGGGGGGCUUGUGAGCUGUAUGUGUGUGCAGGCAGGUCAACGGUCUAUUCUUGUUCUGUCUUCCUAACCAGUGUUCCAAACCUUGUUUAGUAGUUAAUUCCUAACAAGUAACAGCUAUUUUUCACUACAUGUACCUCAUGUAAAAUAUCCCCUUAAAGUUUCAAAUCAUUUCCUGCCCCCUGUGUAG